AUGUUCGGGUUUGGCAAGAAAACAAAAGAAGAAGAGCAAGUAUUUGAGCAUGGCAUACAAAAGGGAGACCACUUGAUUCGUUGGACGAGCAUACUAAUAUGGCCGGUGCAGGUUCAUGCCAUCUGUAUUGGUGCUUGUCACGAUAGUCUGACGCUUGUUGAUUUUGGACUAACGGCGAACAAGCAACCCGACAAUAGCAUUGACAAAUAUAAAUCAGAAAAUGAAAUCGAAAAUGAAACGGUUCCACUAGAAGAAAUGGUGGAUCAACAAGACAAGGCACUCAUCAAAGCUGCUGAAGAGCGAAGGAGUCAAAUGCGUGGUGCAGAACGAAUAACGAUACUCACAUUGACGGAUGAAAAAGAAAUCCGUCAAUGGAAAAAGGUAGAAUACGGUGAAGAAGUCAGCAAGAAGAAGAACAAGUGGUGGUUCUGGAAAAGCAAAGAUAAUGACAAAGAAUCAAAGGGAGAUAAUGAAAAGGAUGAAAUAGAUGAUGCAAAAGUAGAACAAGAACAGGACGUGGAAAAGGACGACUUGAAUGUUUCCAAUGACACUUCUACAUCUCCUACCACUACUGUCAAGCCAAACGGACCUGCUUCACCCAAAUCCGACCCUGCAGCUUCUCCGCCAGUCCCCAAACUACCCAAAAGUGAUCCCACCAACAUUGUUUUGGCUCGAGUCCGCUAUUUGUUAAUGAAUCCCGAAGUGCUACCCCCACACCACAUUUUGUUUUCCAAUUCCGAAUGCAUUGCUGUUUGGGUCAAGACGGGUCGGUGGUCCACCCUGCAAGCCUCGGUAUUUUUGCAAGCCACGACUGUUGGGAAUAUAAAAAAUACCGCUACCAUUACCGCCACAUUGGCGGCAGCAACCACAACUGUGACAGUUCCCGCCAGUGGCGUCAUGGGUUGGUUGGGCUUUACCACUACCACGCAAGUUGGUUUGAUGGCCGUGCACCCCUGGUUGAUUCCCGUCUUGGCAGGUUAUGGCCUAAUAGCGAUUGGAACUCCCAUGAUUAUUUUGAAAAAGUGCAAGGAUCAAUGGAAAGAAGCCACCCAAGACUUGACGGAAGGCUUUUGGGAAUGGGCCGAUUCGGAUAUUUAUGUGGAAGCCAUCCACAGCUGGAGUGGGAUUACUUAG